UUGCAGACACUAUGACCAUGACAGCCAGAAUCAUGCGAACGAGGCCAAGGUGAAAGAGAAGAAAUUAUGGCGGACGUUGACCGAGCGGAAAGUGAAGAGCGCGGCUCGAGUUUGCGUCUUCUAUGUAAAGCCGAUACAGAAAUCGCCGAGAAGUUUCUUCACCAGCUAAUAAAUUUCAUCUGCAAGCAAAGGGGACCACAGUUCAAAGAUUUUAGUUCAACUUGGAACAUUAAAGAAUGGAUCACCAUCUGUGAUUGUUGGUCAGCAAUUAUAAAAUGUUGGGUUGGCAGCAAUGUAGGGAAAGAAGAGAUUAAAGAGCAACUACUUGAGGAAGAGUUUUCUGAAGAAUGGACAAAAAGAAUCUUAAUAUGCAUCACUUUGCGCAAAAAUGAUAUCAAAGAGAGCAUGAUUCGCCAAACUUCAGCUAUUUCACAAUCAUCAUUAAAGGACUUUGACUGGAAAGUAAAGUUGGUUAUGAGUAGUGACAAGUUAGCCAAUGUAAGAGAGCCAAUGGCAGAUGUUGACUUUCAGCUACAAACAGAAGAUGGAAGAAGACAAGUAUCUCUGGAGUUAAACAAGGAAGAAAUGAAAACUCUUAUCAACCAUUUAGAAUCAGCCAAUAAGGUUGUCAUGCAACUCCGCUCCUAAUUUCACCGAGUUCUCUUUCACUGGAGAUCAAACCAGGGGACUUGAUAUGUAUGAUAUUAGAACACUCAUUAGAUAUAUCAAAUUUAAUAACAUACAUUGCAUGAAUUUUGCCACAUAAAAAGCACUAAUGUCAGGCAAUCUUCGCUGUAAGUGGCGAAAUUCGCAAGAAUGAUUUUACAUUUAUAGGUAAUAUUUUAUAAUUCAUAGUGAUCGUUAACUAUCAAUAUUUGUAUCUUGGAAUUUUUGUACAUUUCCAGUCACAAAAGACUGUGAAUCUCAAGUAUGGCACCAACAAUUUUGAUUUGAUAAACAUUUUUGCUUAGGUCAAUUUUCUCGUUCUGGUUUUUUGCGACAUGAAUCUAUUUUUUACUUGAUAGCAUAAAUUGUUUUCCUUCUAAGAAGAAAUGUUAUUUUGCUUUUAAAACGACUAUAGCUUAAACAACAUUAUUUUAUUGCACGUUUUUUUAAAGUAUUUUUUCAAUUCCUAAUACUUGAGAUUUUCGUCUAAGCAAACAAAAAUAAAAAAUAUCUUUUAAAAUCACUUUAGCUGCUAAUCUGGACUCGAUAUCGGUGAUGUUGAUUUAAAUGAGUGAUGCACACAGUAUCUGUAAAUAAGCUUGCAAUUAUUUUCGCAAAUCGAUUUAACGAGAAAGAGCAAGCUCACCUUUAAGCUGGAAGCAUCGUUAUGUAUUUCAUCUGAAUGACUGCUUUUACUUAAGUUACUCUAUUCGUUUGAUUGUAGUUUGAGCGAAAUUUAGUAUCAUAGAUUCAAUCUUUUGUAUAUAAUUAAUA